CAAUUUUAAUUUUAUUUUUUAUGGCCCUGAGCGGAGCUCCGUAAACUCAAAAUAAUGGAAUCCGCUAAACUCUGAAAAGAAAGGACGAAAAAGAUCAAACACAUUUGACAAUCAAUUGACUUGAAAUGGCUCUCCUUUUCACCUUGCCAUCAUCUCUCUUCUCCUUCUCCUCCAAAAACCCUAAACCCCUCCUAUUGUCUUCCUCUAAAACCCAUUCUUCUCUUUCAUUCUCACUCAAAAACCCCACCAAAACCUUCACUCUUCGUUCUUUAAUCUCUCACUCUUCUUCCCAGCCUGACCCCACUCCCAAACCCGAUUCAGAAUCCGCCGCCGAAACCUCGGCUUCGAUCACUGACGAAUGGGGCGAAAAAAUGGAGCCCGAGUCCGAACCCGAACCCAGCAAGUUGCCGGAUUCGGACCCUCCCAAGAACGAGGACGAGUGGGAGGAGGAGUAUGUGAGCCAGGGCAACGGUACCGCUGCACAGGUGGCGGGGGAAGAUGAUAAUACUGAAUUGGCUGAUUUGAAGAGGUGCUUGGUGGACACGGUUUAUGGGACGGAGUUCGGGUUUCGGGCCGGGGCGGAAGUUCGGGCCGAGGUUUUGGAGCUUGUUAAUCAGUUGGAGGCGCUGAAUCCUACUCCAAGCCCCGUGGAGGCCGCUGGGGUUCUUGAUGGCAACUGGGUCUUGCUGUACACAGCAUUUUCUGAGCUGUUACCCCUUCUGGCGGCAGGUGCAACACCUUUGUUGAAAGUGGAAAAGAUAUCUCAAACAAUUGACACUGGUAGCCUCUCCAUUGAGAACUUGACUACAUUGUCUGGCCCUUUUGCUACGUUCUCUUUCAGUGCUUCUGCGACCUUUGAAGUUCGAAGCCCUUCUAGAAUUCAAGUUCAAUUUAAGGAAGGUACCUUCCAACCUCCAGAGAUAAAGUCAACUGUUUCUCUCCCAGAAAAUGUGAAUAUUUUUGGACAGAACAUCAAUUUGUUGCCCGUGCAGCAAUCUCUCUCCCCACUGCAGGAGGCUGUAGCAAAUAUUUCUAGAGUGAUUUCUGGUCAGCCACCCCUGAAGGUACCCAUUCCUGGUGAACGGACCAAGUCCUGGCUUCUUAUUACAUACCUUGAUAAAGACCUUCGAAUCUCAAGAGGGGAUGGUGGUCUUUUUGUGCUUGUUAAAGAAGGAAGUCCUCUUCUAAACUAGUAACCAGGUACAUUCCAUUGUGUGUUAUAGAUUAUUAAAUAUGCAUACUCCUCAUCAUAUAUUUUAGAGGUUUUAUUACCUAAUACAUAAAGUAAAGAGGGAAUCUAUUCUUGUAAUUUUACAUCGAUCGGGCAUUUAAAUAGUGUCGAUGAUACUUUGACUGCAAUUCUUAUGUUCUGUUUACCCGCUGAGAGCCUAAUGGAAAAUGAAAAUUUUGAAACCUUUCUGUGUUA